CGAAACUCAAGACCAAAAGAAGAAGAAGAAAGAAGAAGAAGAAGACGCGAGAUCUUGUCCUCUCUCUCUCUCUAUCUCUAUCCGCAUCUUCUAAUCCUUUUCUAUCAUCGAAGGCAAGGCAGCCUUUCUUGCUUUUUUUUAAAUCCCGUUGAAAGUUCCUGUAUUCUGGUGUUUCCGUUUCUUAAUUUAAACGUUGGGAGAGUCCAUCAGAAGAUUGGUUUUUAAAAGGGUGUAUUGGAAUCGGAGGAGAUCGUAAAACGUGGAGAAGAAGACAAAGUGUAGAAAAGACACUACAAUGCUCUCGGGUGAAUGUGUUCAUAAGCCAACAACCACUUAUAAGACCAGAUCUGCAGCCCCUUUCUUUACUCUCUCUCUCUCUCUCUCUCUCUCUUUGCUCUGCUAAACCCAUAUCUUCGACAAGAACUUAAAAGGUUUGUUUGUUUUCUUCAAGAGUGAGUGUUGGUCCUUUAACUUACAUGCAUGUCCUCUGAAUCACCUUUGCUUCAAGAACAACAAGCUUUCCCUUUUACUUAAUUCGUAUGUCUGGUCUUGUUUUCCUCAUGAGUGAUUGCAUGUCCUCUCAAUCAGCUUUGCAUCAACAAUAAGCUUUCCCCCUUUUACAGUUUUACUUAAUAAGAUAGAACAUGUCAGGCAUUGAAGAGUACGACGAAAUCAGGGAGAGAAGAUCAGACUUUGAUUUCUCUGAAGAAGAUGAAAGACGCCGCAUCUCCUCUAAGAUGGGCAAUUUUAAGAAGAAGGCUCUUCACGCUUCAACCAAGUUCACUCAUUCUUUGAAGAAAAGAGGCAAAAGGAAGAUUGACUAUCGGAUUCCUCCAGUCCCCAUUGAAGAUGUACGUGAUGAAAAAGAGGAGACCCUUGUGCUUCAGUUUCGCCGUCACCUUCUCCACAGAGACUUGUUACCUCCAACACAUGAUGACUACCAUACUCUUCUCAGAUUUUUGAAGGCUAGGGAUCUUAACAUUGAGAAAACCAUCCAGAUGUGGGAAGAAAUGCUUAGAUGGAGAAAAGAAUAUGGGACAGACACCAUACUAGAGGAUUUUGAAUUCGAAGAGCUGGAAGAAGUUCUGCAGUACUAUCCUCAAGGCUAUCAUGGAGUUGACAAGGAAGGAAGACCUGUCUACAUUGAAAGACUUGGAAAAGCUCAUCCCGCUAAGCUUAUGCGUAUCACCACCAUUGACAGAUAUCUAAAAUACCAUGUUCAAGAGUUUGAGAGAGCUCUUAUUGAGAAAUUCCCUGCAUGCUCCAUUGCAGCUAAGCGCCGUAUCUAUUCCUCCACUACAAUACUCGAUGUGCAAGGACUGGGAAUGAAGAAUUUUACAUCAACAGGUGCAAAUCUUGUGGCUGCCAUGUCGAAGAUAGACAAUAGCUACUACCCUGAGACGCUGCACAGAAUGUACAUUGUAAAUGCUGGAACAGGUUUCAAGAAGAUGCUUUGGCCUGCUGCUCAGAAGUUUCUUGAUGCAAAAACCAUCGCAAAGAUACAUGUGCUAGAACCCAAAUCUCUAUUCAAAUUACACCAAGUCAUUGAUUCAAGUCAAUUGCCAGACUUCCUCGGAGGUUCGUGCUCUUGCUUUGGCGAGGGAGGGUGUCUUCGCUCUAAUAAAGGACCCUGGAAUGAUCCUGAAAUAAUGAAGCUCAUCUACCAUGGAGAAUCAUCAUCACUCUUUAAGCAAAUCAGUAGGAAGCUGAGUGACCCGCAGAAUUCUUCAUCCUACAUAAGUAUACAUCCAUUUAAGGCUAUGCAAGCUGAUAGUUCGGCAGCAGAAUCUGUAUCUUGUUCUGACGUUCCUACUUCUCUAACUGGAAGAAUGUGCUCAGCCUCUGCUCAUGAGGAUGCUAGGACAUCAGAUGGUAACGGCUAUUAUAGUUGCGAUGACAAGUUUGCCAUACCUAACAAACCUACUAACCGAAGAGGCCAAGAAAGGCAAUCCCAUUAUCAAAUGCUCGAACUCGAUCUCAGUUUAAAUGGAACACUUGACAGCAUAAAACCUGAGAACAUAGCCAGAAGGAUACUUUCGUUGUUGCUGAAACUAGCAGCAGUUUUCCGUUAUAUCCCGUUUGAGCUUUCCAGAAAGAAGCAUGCCAUCACUCCCUCGAGUUCAAUCACUCUUACGGAGACCACAAUGAAAGACCGGAUCGGCCCGUGUUUGGAGCGUAUUAAGAAACUCGAGAAAACGUAUGAGGAAAUCAGGAACAAACCAGUUGAAAUUCCGGCAGAGAAGGAGAGAAUGCUGAUGGAUUCUCUAGACAGAAUCAAAUCGGUUGAGUUUGAUCUCGAGAAAACAAAGAGGGCUUUACACGCGACAGUGAUGAAGCAGAUGGAAAUAACUGAAAUGCUGGAAAGUAUACGAGAGUCCCAACUUCAUAGAAGAAGAUUGUUCUGUUAGAAAAGCCAUAAGAGAACAUCUUCUGCUGAGUUUUACAUAGAUACAGCUCCAAAUGUCUGUACAUACAGAGAGAGAGAAAACAGAUUACAAGAAGAAGAAGAAGAAGAAGAAGAAACACGUUAGUUGCUUUUUAUCUCCCUCAUCUAACUUGGGUCACAACUUUUUUUCUUUCUCUCUUUCUCAUAGGCCCACCUACUUCCACUCUUUUAAGUUAAUAAAAAGAAGAAGAUAGGGAGGGACAGAGAAAAUCUUAUGAUGGUGGAGAUCUUGUGGUUAGUAAUGUAGAGUUGAGUAUAAUCAAGCUGAUUUUGAAACCCUUAUGUUGUAAUCUAGUGUGGAGAAGAAACUACACUAGAAUACACAAAAAUAUAAUGAGAGAUAAUGUAAUAUCUUUUUCUAUA